AUGGAUCAACUUAAGGAACCGGACAAAAAUCACAUUUGCUCAGUCCUCCCGACCAAGAAGUUCCCCAACAGCCUUCUGACGCAGACUCAUCGUGAGCUAGCCCGACUGUACGAGGCUCAUGGUGAGACCGUGGUCGCCUACUGGAAGGGACUUGACCGACCGGGACGAGAGGUCGUGUUGAGGAACAGCUCCAUGUGCCCCGUUCUGAGAACCGUCCAAUCCCCUGGCGCCGGGUUUUCUCAUUUUCUCGGACCUGAGUGGAAUCAUGAAGACAUCACCAAUUCAGACAACAAUGUCUUCCUCGACGUUCUUGAAUAUCGCGCCACACAAUCUCUCACCCACCAAUUCACCAUUGGCCCAAAUGGCACACAAGGCGACUGCGUCUUCACCUGCGCAAGAUUCGCUGAACAUCUCAUCCCGUGUCUUGAACACUUUGACGGCGACGUCAUGGUAUUUGAGGACUGUGAAGAGUACCCUCGCACUGCCGACAUCGUUGCCUACUGGGAAGCCAUAGCCGGCGUCAGAACGGAUCGCCAUCUGUGGGUACCCGGACCUGUUGGUGAGCUGAUUGUCGCGAGACAGAUGUUCUGGGCAGAGAUUCUUCAUCGAGCGCUCGUCACCAUCCUCACAGUCCUGGCCACCGAUCGCAAACACCCAAACUGCACAUGUCACGAACACGACAAGGAAGAGGUUCAUGGGAACGAGGUUCUUCCUCAGCUCACACUCACUAGUGACUCCGGCCUCCGGCCCUUCAUCAACUUCAUCAAAGCUGAGGAGGAUGAGACAAUUCUCUGGUCGCAGAAACUUCUGACAAAGCCUGAUAUUCUCCUGAUGGAGGCUACGAACUACGUGGGAGACCUUGACAGAUACGUCGGGGCCUGCAUCUUCGAUCCCUACUACGCUGCUGAGAAGGAUUCCAACACCUCUUACUACAUUCGCGUCCUUCUGUGUUCAAUCCACAUAAUGGACAACUCGCGAAAGACGGCCAAACGACGCGACUUCCUGCUGCAGGAGCUAUCAAACGUCCUUCACCUCAAGUUCCUGAAGUUGCUGGAGUGCGUCAAACGAUGGCUCCAGUGCGGCAAAGCAGAAAAGUACUUCAAGCGUGUCCCAAACACUUACGAUCACUUGGGCAGCGAAGUUGUAGUCGUCAAGGAUCGAGUAAUUGACAGCAAGAAUCGCAAGAUAUACUACGGUAUGCAGCUUUGCAAGCCAGGAUUGACUCACAGACACGCCAGCUUCUGGCUCAGGAAGCUGGCCCCAUACUACAAGAACAAAGUCCCAGGAGUUGCAACCAUGGUCCCAGAGGGCGUUGAGUUCUCAGAGUUCCACACGAGCAUCAACUUCUCUAACCUCAAUCUGCUCGUGAGCUUCAUCUCUGAUCUGGACAAACAACUGUGCCUCCCGCCCGUGAGCGAUACGAAAGGGCAGCUGUACAUUUCACGCGUCAAGGAGCUGGAGGUCGAGCUCGCCACCGUCAAGAGGAACCUGGACCUCCGCAGGAUCGCGCCCGACAUUGACCGGCUAGCUGAGCCUCUCGUCACUUCCGCGGCAAAGGACAAGGUCGCCAAUGCGAUUGAGGAGAAGCUGGGCACCUCUCUUGCAAACCGCUAUUGGAACCUGGUGCAGAGCUGUGUCGACAACUUUCCGGAUCUCGGACACUACGAGAACAGCAGAGUCAACUUUGACGUCUGCUUCCCGAAGUCGUGUCAAUGUGAGUCGGAGAAGUCGGCUGAGCCUGCCAAGAAGAAGAAGAGAAAGCCGAAAAAGAAGAAGCCGGAGAAAGUCGUAGAGGAGUCUAAUGUCCUGCCGGAGCUUGAGGAGGGUCACGAUGCCUGGGUCAACGAUCUGAAUACCCCGUGGCUGUCAAAGCCUGAUGGGGAUUCUUCGUGGGAUGAGCUCGCGACUUCCGUGACCGGAUCGCUCUCCUUGAAUGAGCCUGAGCUCGAUCUUCCCGGCGACGGUGUCUCCUUCGACGCUUCGCAGGACCCGGGCGACUCUGAGUCUGUACUUGCUGACGCUGAGCCGCAGGCUUCUGACCCCUGGGCCAACUUUCCCGAGGCCUCAGGUAGCGUUUCUGAUGCUGCAACUACGCCAACCGAAGCUAGCUUCAGCCAAUCUCUUCGCGAAGAUGAUGACGAGCAUGAGGAGCAUGAUGGACAUGAUGGCGAGCAGAAUGAGAACCAGCAUUUUGACGAGGACGAACAGGAGAUCAUGGAGGGCCCCCGCAACCAAGACGCCAGCCUCCUAAACAAACCUGACACCGAAGACGGACCCUCGACUCCUCCCCAAGAAGUCAUCUACGUCAGCGCCCGGACAGCAACCGUCAUGGCAACAAUGUUCGACAAGUCCGUCCACCAGGGAUCCCUCACCUGGCCCGAAUUCAUAGCCGCCAUGGUUGAAGUAGGCUUCACCGCCGACAAGAAAAAGGGCUCCGCAAUCGCCUUCGUACCCUUGCCGCGGGAAGACGGCACUUCGAGAUGGAAGCAGUCGAUUCAGUUCCACAUCACGCACGGCAGCGCGUCGUCGAGGGUCGAGGGGUACCGGUCGCGUAAGAUGGCUCAUCGGUUGACGAAGGCUUUUGGAUGGAAUGCGAAGACGUUCCAGAUUGCUUGA